AACAAAAAAAAAAAAAAAAAAAAAAAAAAAAAACGCUUGGAUCGUAAUUGCAAAUAUCUUGAAUCGUAGAGGAAAUAAGACAAACAAAAUUCUUAAACAUUACUUCAAGUACAGAAGUUUGAUCUGUUUCACUUCAGAAGUUUCCAAUGCUGUUUUACUUGAAAGGAAUAAAAUUUUCGCAUGUGGCAUCGAAAGUUUUUAAAGGUUUAUCUAAGAGUCGAUGUUACUCUUCUGUGAAAGAAAAUAGUAAAACCUGUGUUGUUCUUAGUAAUAAUGGACAGAUUGUUGUUUGUUGGCAUCCUGAACAGCACCCUCCAUAUGAACACACAAAACCUUUACCAGAUAUUCCUCAAGAGCUUUGUGAAGGGGAUUCUGUAUUAAAACUACAAUAUAGAAGAGAGGGAAAGCAUCGUUUUCAGCCUGAUGGACCUACAAUACCAGAGCUUGCCAAAAUAACUUAUACUACAAAGCAUAGAUGGUACCCAAAUUUGGAGAAACGAUAUGAAGAUCCUCCACCAAUUGAUCGAGAAGGAAUUUAAGUUUAUCUCAAUAAGAAAUUAGUGGUAUAUUAGUUAUUGCUUUUAUUACCAUUAAUAAAUUUUGGUCACUAAUGUAUUCUUUCAAUUUUCUGAAUAU